UGUGGUCAUUACAUUGUCGUCUAGCCGAUGUCACAUAAUUCUCAUCGUAUGGUCCCUUUCACGUAGUCGUUACCAUCCGAUCGUUAUCCUCCCGUCAUUGUCAUCUGGUCUGAGCAUAGAGUCCUUGGGUCCUGAUGGCUAAGCCGAGCCCGUGCCUAUCGAGGCGAGUCCGAGGGACCGAGCUCAUCGCUCUUCCGGCUUAUCUGGUUGAGGAGUCCGGUCUUGGACCCCAUCCCAAAUGUUCAAAAUCUGAGUCGUAUGCUUUGGAGGUGCUCCAGUUGUUAUCCCUUUCUGUGUCGGACAUAGAGCAGCCCCUAAAUGAGAUGUUGGACUCCUUGAUUGCUGUAGGUUUAGCAGUGGUUGGGUUGGAAGGCACAAAUUCCAGAGCAUUUGGUGACAGGACUGAGGUAGGGGCUAAGGGCAGGGAAGAAAGGCAAUCAGGAUCCAAAAUCUGGGCAGACAAUAGUGGUGUCUGUGUGGGGAAUGGCUGGGAUUAAUAUGGGAAUGAUGAAGGAGUUCUUUUGGUAUUUUUAAUAGCAGAAAAAGAGUGAGAUUAAGAGGAGAAAUGGAGGGAUAUGAAAUGGAAGAAAUAUCACGGAUGGAUAAAACCAAGUUGGUGUUAGGAGAUAUUACACACUCUUAUCCUAACUUGGGGUUUGAAUCUAGAAUUCAAUUAAGAUAUUACACACUUAAUCAAAUAUCUAGAACCUA